UGAGCCCCGGAGCCCCAGCUCGACCCAGGACCUGCCCCCAACUUCGGCCAGAACUGCCGCCCCUCCCCCAUCAGGGGCUCAAGUUUCAGACCCCGUGACCAGGACAGCAGCUGCCCAGGACUGGGUGGGGGGCGGGGUAGUCCCCCUUUGACCCGGGAGACCACUAAGCCAGGGCCUCCCUUCCCCCAGCUAGCCUCCUUUCCCUCAGGUCUCUCCUGAGUGCCCAGCAGAUCCCCUGGAUACAAGUUUGAGGACGCAGGGGGAGGGCCAGGAAGUCCCGUCCCCCCCCACCACUCCCCGCAGAUGUUCCUUGCUUCUGUGGGAUGGUGGCUAGAGGAACCAGCAGAGAGACUGGGGAGCCCAUCUCCCAACCUGGGUUCCACCUAGCCCCCCAUGGUAUUGGGAGUGGGUGGUGAUGCGUGAUCUGGUGGUGGGCACCAGGGUGGUCCUGUUUGGCUACAUCUUGUCUUUUUCACAAGGAUGAGGGCUCCCUAAUUUGACUUUGAGUGGAGAGUGCCCUAGAGUGGAAGUGGAGAGGUCCCUCUGUGGAGCCAGUGCCUGCUGGUGUCCCAGCAGGCACCGGGUGAUGCCAUACUUUUUGCUGGAGGCCCUGGUUUAAAGAGCCAUGGGUGAAUGUGUGGAAAAGUACUGAGCAGGAGCUGGCCUUGGCCUCUUCAACCCAACCUGAGGCUGAAGGGGCUUCACUGAGGAUCCAAUAACCCAGAUGAUGACAGGGUUACGCUGAGAUGUCAGGGGCCACCCAGCUCCUCUCAGAGAGCCGUUACCUGCCCAGGAUGUUGUGGGAGCUUCUCCAGGUGGAGAGAGUCAGGGUCUCUUUGAUCUGAGUGAUCUACUGAUUCCCUUACUUUUUUGCUAGAAAUUCUAUGAAUGGUGCACCUGGUGGUGAGUCCUAAGGUUGGACCUGCUUGGCCUCCCUCCCUCCUGGGGGGACACUCACAAGCUCUUUCUACCCCAGAGGCUGAACCAGCAACUCCUGCCACCCCUCUGGCUGCCCCUUGGAGUCCACCUAGCCCAGCCUGACCAAUGUCCACAGCCAGGGAGCAGCCCAUCUUCAGCACAAGGGCACAUGUGUUCCAGAUCGACCCAGCCACCAAGCGGAACUGGAUCCCUGCGGGCAAGCAUGCACUCACUGUUUCCUACUUCUAUGAUGCCACCCGCAACGUCUACCGAAUCAUCAGCAUUGGGGGUGCCAAGGCCAUUAUCAACAGUACUGUCACCCCCAACAUGACCUUUACCAAAACCUCCCAGAAGUUCGGACAGUGGGCAGACAGUCGUGCCAACACUGUCUAUGGCCUUGGCUUUGCUUCUGAGCAGCAUCUGACCCAGUUUGCUGAGAAGUUCCAGGAAGUGAAGGAAGCAGCCAGGCUAGCAAGGGAGAAAUCUCAGGAUGGGGGGGAGCUCACCAGUUCAGCCCUGGGGCUCUCCACCCACCAGGUGCCCCCGAGCCCCCUCAUCAGCGCCAAUGGCCCUCCCAGCGACGAGAAACUGUUCCGCAGCCAGAGCGCGGAAGCCCCUGGCCCCGCAGAGCGAGAGCGGCUCAAGAAGAUGCUGUCAGAGGGCUCUGUGGGCGAGGUGCAGUGGGAGGCCGAGUUCUUCGCGCUGCAGGACAGCAACAACAAGUUGGCGGGCGCCUUGAGAGAGGCCAACGCAGCAGCCGCUCAGUGGAGACAGCAGCUGGAGGCCCAGCGCGCAGAGGCCGAACGGCUGCGGCAGCGGGUGGCUGAGCUGGAAGCCCAGGCAGCCACAGAGCCAACCCCAGUCAGUGAGAAGGAGGGGCCAAGCCCAGCGCUGGAGCAGCUGGAGUCCUUAGUGCAAACCAAGGACCAGGAGAUUCAGACACUCAAGAGCCAGGCUGGUGGUCCCCGAGAGGCCCCUGAUUCAGUGGAUCGGGAGGAGACGCAGCAGAAGGUGCAGGACCUGGAAACCCGCAAUGUGGAGUUGGAACACCAGCUGCGGGUGACAGAGCGAAGCCUGGAGGAGGCUCGGGCUGAGCGGGAGCGGGCAAGGGCUGAGGUGGGCCGGGCUGCACAGCUGCUGGAUGUCAGACUGUUCGAGCUGAGUGAGCUACGGGAGGGCCUGGCCCGCUUGGCCGAGGGUGCACCCUGAGCCUGGUCCACCCGCCAAUCCUUGCAAGAGCUGGAGCCUAUAGGUUUUACACAAAUGCUUCCUAUUUGAGGCAUGGGCUGGCCGCAGGCGGCCCAGCAGGCCAUUUGCCCUGGCAGGGACCAGGGCUGACUCAGCCCAGGAAGGGCCUGGCCGCUCACAGUUCAAGGGCUGUUAGGACUUUUCAUUGUAUAGGAUUUCUAGACUCCCCAGGGCACAUGCUGGUGCCCAGAUUACAUUUCUAAGCAUG